CUCACACUUUUGCUCUCCUUGCAGUCAGUUGCUCAGCUUUCUUUUGCAGCCUUUUAAGGCCUCCUGGCGCAGAAAUGACUGCCCCCCACCCCCUUCCUCGGUCUCCCCUUUCAGUUCAGAUGUGCUGAUGUGCAGACCGGAUUCAUCUUCCCAGAGCGGCAGCGGGCGCAGGCGGCGACGGCGGCGGCGGCUAUUGCUUGGCUGCCGGGUCCAGGCAGCGGCGGGGGCGCGGCGCGGGAGCUCCAGCUCCGGCAGUAGCUGAGUACGCCGGGCGCCGCUUCCCGAGCCGCGGCCGCGGGAAGUUCGGCCGCGGGAAGUUCGACCGCCCGAAGGAAUCCCCCCGCAAGCUGCUUGCGCCCUCGCCACCAGAGUGGAGUUACCCGCCGCCGCUCCCCGCCCCCGGGAGCCGAGCUCCUCACCUGCCCUCCGCCCACCCGCGGGCCCCUGGCCAACUUCUCUCAGUAACUGGGGGUAACAGGCAGUCUUUGCCCUCUCUUCUGUCCCAACGGCAUCCGCAUGUCUCCGGACACCUGGAAACCCUAGUCUUGUCGAGAAGCCUCUGGUGGAAGAAGAGGGUUAGUUCCCCUCACUCCGCACAUCAACAAGGACAGCGGACACCUCACCUCUAAGUCCGGUCCCCUCCUUUUCCUCCCGGGGAGGAGGAUGGGGUUGGAAACGUUUUCCCCGAGGAUGCUGUGGUGGCUAGUGGCCUCGGGGAUUCUUUUCUGCGGUGAACUGUGCGUCUGCUCUGGUCUCGAUUAUGAUUAUACUUUUGAUGUGAAAGAAGAGGAUAAAGCAGAGACAAUCGAUUACAAGGACCCGUGUAAAGCUGCUGUGUUUUGGGGUGAUAUUGCCUUAGAUGAUGAAGAAUUAAAUAUCUUUCAAAUUGAUAGAACAAUUGACCUUACACAGAAUCCCUUUGGAAAACUUGGGCAUACCACAGGUGGACUUGGAGACCAUGGUAUGUCAAAGAAACGAGGGGCCCUCUACCAACUUAUAGACAGGAUAAGAAGAAUUGGCUCUGGCUUGGAGCAAAACAACACAGUUAAAGGAAAAGUACCUCUAAAAUUCUCAGGGAAAAAUGAGAAAAAUCGAGUACCCAGAGCUGCUACAUCAAGAACUGAAAGAAUAUGGCCUGGAGGUGUUAUUCCUUAUAUAAUUGGAGGCAACUUCACUGGCAGCCAGCGAGCCAUGUUCAAGCAGGCCAUGAGGCACUGGGAAAAGCACACGUGUGUGACUUUCAUUGAAAGAAGUGAUGAAGAAAGUUACAUUGUAUUCACAUACAGGCCUUGUGGAUGCUGUUCUUACGUAGGCCGUCGGGGAAAUGGACCUCAAGCGAUAUCUAUUGGCAAAAACUGUGAUAAAUUUGGAAUUGUUGUUCAUGAAUUGGGCCAUGUGAUAGGCUUUUGGCAUGAACACACAAGACCAGAUCGAGAUAACCAUGUAACCAUCAUAAGAGAAAACAUCCAGCCUGGCCAAGAAUAUAAUUUUCUGAAGAUGGAACCUGGAGAAGUGAACUCACUUGGAGAAAGAUAUGAUUUUGACAGUAUCAUGCACUAUGCUAGGAACACCUUCUCAAGAGGGAUGUUUCUGGACACCAUUCUCCCAUCUCGUGAUGACAAUGGCAUACGUCCAGCAAUUGGUCAACGAACCCGCUUAAGCAAAGGAGAUAUUGCACAGGCAAGAAAGCUGUAUAGAUGUCCAGCAUGUGGAGAAACUUUACAGGAAUCCAAUGGCAACCUUUCCUCCCCAGGAUUUCCAAAUGGCUACCCUUCUUAUACACACUGCAUCUGGAGAGUCUCAGUGACCCCGGGGGAGAAGAUUGUUUUAAAUUUUACCACAAUGGAUCUGUAUAAGAGUAGCUUGUGCUGGUAUGACUACAUUGAAGUAAGAGAUGGGUACUGGAGAAAAUCUCCACUCCUUGGUAGAUUUUGUGGAGACAAAUUACCUGAAGUUCUUACUUCUUCAGAUAGCAGACUGUGGAUUGAGUUUCGUAGCAGCAGUAAUUGGGUAGGAAAAGGUUUUGCAGCUAUCUAUGAAGCAAUCUGUGGAGGUGAGAUACGUAAAAAUGAAGGCCAGAUCCAGUCUCCUAAUUAUCCUGAUGACUAUAGACCUAUGAAAGAAUGUGUGUGGAAAAUAACAGUGUCUGAGGACUACUAUGUUGGAUUGACCUUUCAGGCCUUUGAGAUCGAGAGACAUGACAAUUGUGCCUAUGACUACCUAGAAGUCCGAGACGGAACCAGUGAAAAUAGCCCCUUAAUAGGACGUUUCUGUGGGUAUGAUAAACCUGAAGAUAUAAGAUCUACCUCUAACACUCUGUGGAUGAAGUUUGUUUCUGAUGGAACUGUUAACAAGGCAGGAUUUGCUGCUACUUUUUUUAAAGAGGAAGACGAGUGUGCCAAACCUGAUCGUGGAGGUUGUGAGCAGCGUUGUCUGAACACUCUGGGCAGUUAUCAGUGUGCCUGUGAGCCAGGCUAUGAGCUGGGACCUGACAAGAGAAGCUGUGAAGCGGCUUGUGGAGGACUUCUUACCAAACUUAAUGGCACCAUAACCACCCCAGGCUGGCCUAAGGAGUACCCUCCUAAUAAAAACUGUGUAUGGCAAGUCGUUGCCCCAACCCAGUACAGGAUUUCCAUGAAGUUUGAGUCUUUUGAAUUGGAAGGCAAUGAAGUUUGCAAAUAUGAUUAUGUAGAGAUCUGGAGUGGCCUUUCCUCCGAAUCUAAAUUACAUGGCAAAUUCUGUGGUGCUGAAGUGCCUGAAGUGAUCACAUCCCACUUCAAUAACAUGAGAAUUGAAUUCAAAUCCGAUAACACUGUAUCCAAGAAGGGCUUCAAAGCACAUUUCUUCUCAGACAAAGAUGAAUGCUCUAAGGACAAUGGCGGGUGUCAACACGAAUGUGUCAACACAAUGGGAAGUUACAUGUGUCAGUGUCGUAAUGGAUUUGUGCUGCAUGAGAAUAAACAUGACUGCAAGGAAGCUGAGUGUGAACAGAAGAUUCACAGUCCAAGUGGCAUCAUUACCAGUCCCAACUGGCCAGACAAAUACCCAAGCAGGAAGGAAUGCACAUGGGAAAUCAGUGCCACUCCUGGUCACCGAAUCAAAUUAGCUUUUAGUGACUUUGAAAUUGAGCAACAUCAAGAAUGUGCUUAUGAUCAUUUGGAAGUAUUUGAUGGAGAAACGGAAAAAUCACCAAUUCUUGGAAGACUAUGUGGUAACAAGAUACCGGAGCCCCUUGUAGCUACUGGGAAUAAAAUGUUUGUUCGAUUUGUUUCUGAUGCAUCUGUUCAAAGAAAAGGCUUUCAAGCCACGCAUUCUACAGAAUGUGGUGGCCGACUGAAAGCUGAAUUAAAACCCAAAGAUCUGUACUCACAUGCUCAGUUUGGUGAUAACAACUACCCAGGACAGGUUGACUGUGAGUGGUUAUUGAUGUCAGAACGGGGCUCUCGACUGGAGUUGUCCUUCCAGACGUUUGAAGUGGAAGAAGAAGCCGAUUGUGGCUAUGAUUAUAUUGCGCUCUUUGAUGGUCUUGAUUCAACAGCAGUGGGACUUGGUCGAUUCUGUGGAUCAGGGCCACCAGAAGAGAUCUAUUCAAUUGGGGAUACAGUUUUCAUUCAAUUUCAUACUGAUGACACAAUCAAUAAGAAAGGAUUUCAUGUAAGAUACAAAAGCAUAAGAUAUCCAGAUACCAUGCAUACCAAAAAAUAACACCAAAAUCUCCAUCAGAACAUCCAGGAAUGCACAUAUGGAGAGAAGAUGUAUUUUUUUAAACUGAAGAUAUUAGCACAAAUGUUUUCUAUCAUGAGUUUGAACAAAAGAAAACUGUUAGAUGAGAAUUAUCUAUGUACUAAAGGAGAUGUUUCUGGACAACUCUGAUCAGCAUUAUAAAGAUAUUUGAACUCCUUAAUGGAUUAAUGAAUAUGACGAAAGGGCAUCACAUGCUUCAACGAAGACUCUAAAAGCUUCUUCAUAUAGCUGUCUUACAAUUCAGACAGAUUUUAAGGGGCUGUGGCCCUGCAGAGUGUACUUUUUGACAAGUUCCCAAGAUUUGGGGAAAUAAAAUGAUCUUGUAGGUCACAAACUGGAAAACCCUCUUCUCAUAUCUUAAUAUAAUUAAUUGCUUUGGCACUGUGUCUAAGAUACAAUGCAAACUAAAUCAAUAUAAGGUCGUAUGAAAUGGAAGUCUUUUAAGGACUGUUUGUACUUCAAAUGUGUGGUGUGUGUCUGAUAUUUGGAAACUGGAAUAUUUCAGCUUCAUUAUUUCCACUUGCAGUCCAGCUUAACUUCCUUGAAACACAAAUAAUCUCAAAACCGCUUCAUUUUACUGACAUUUUGACAAGUUUGAAAUGUCAGUAGUGUCUACUAUUGCAGAUAAAGUCUCAAUAUCAUUUAUUGAACUAUCAGAAAUGCCCAAUUGAAUGAUAAACUCAAUUCAUUUUUGUGGAAGUGCUACCUUCUCACAUCAAAUCCUAAAUCUUAUGAUGUCUUGUAAACUGUAUGAGAAAACUCCCAAGAGAUGUGUGCAGGAAUCUUCUAAAUGACUGGAUGGUUCAUUCUCAAGUUACCACUGCUGCUAUUGUCAUUCUUUUGACUAUUUUGUGCAUCUGUUGUAGUAGUUGUUAGUGUUGAUGCUUUCGUGGUUAAUGCAAUAUUUUCUAAUGAAAUGAAUUUAGGAAGAACUGAAAUAAAAAUUUCCCUACUAUUCAGUUUUUUAAAAAGCAAAGUUGGAAACGAGAAUUUGGUUCUGAAAGACUUUCUAUGGUGCUAUUCCAUAAACAUCUUUUUUUUAAAACAGUAUUUGACUUUGAGCCAACAACCCAUGGACUAUGAAUGUCUCCCUAUGUCUGGUUGGUGGCAUUUGAAGAAAAAAUGACUAGUUACAUGUAUUACAAUUAUAUUGUUGCAACGGCAGCACUUGUCCUGUGGAACAACUACUUAUCAUGCCUUAGAAUUCUUGCACAUGAUCAAAAAUAACUCUCUAGAGACAUACCUUUUGAAAUGUUAGACAUAAUAGUAUAUGUUAACAGCUCUAGGGGGAAAUUCCAUUUUAUGACUGAGAACAUCAGAUUGAAAUAUGAUGUCCUACUUUUGUUGUAGAAAAUGUAUUGUUGAGUGAAUUUUCUGCUCUAAAGACAGGUGUGUUUUAAUAUUAAUGUUAUGUCUGUGUAAGGUUGUCUGAGUGAAUGAAGCUACAAGAUGAAAAGUAGUGGGUAGUUGAAAAGUUAAAACUUAUGUGCCAACUUCUACUAGAAUCCUGUUUGAAGUAGCAUCUUUCUUAGAAAGUUUCAUGGACAAAUAAUGGAAACUUCUAAUUAUUAUCAACUGCAUUAAAUAAAAGACUUUCCUUUAGAGAAACUCUGUUUUUAAGUGUUUUGAUGUUGAUGUAGAUUGCUGUGUGAAGUAGUUUUGUUUCUGUUACCUGUCCAUGAACAUUCGUCAUCAUUUAAUGAAAUUGGGAAUUUUUCUUCAUGUUUACAAAAUAAACUCAACACAGAUAUGUA